AACAGUGAUCAUAUCGUGGAUCUUUAACAGCAUCAGGAUCAUCGUUUUCAACACAUUUCUCAGAGGCUCCGUCAACAGAGGGUGUGAAAGAAGAUCAGGACCCCUUCAUCGUGGUGAGUUUGAUCUGAGGGCCUUUCCUAUGGUGGCCAGCCGACGCCUGGCCAUGGGCAACGGUUCCAUUAAAGCCCCAAAGGCCCAGGAGAACAGCUGCCUGGCCUCCAUCCAACCGGAUCCUGCUGGCCUGGAAACCCAACUCAGGAUGCGGAUCACCCACCUGGAGGCAGAGCUAGCACUCAGGGACCAGGACUUCAGAGCCCAGGAGAUCCAGCUUCACAAUCUUCAGAGGGAACUAGAGGCCAAGAUCUCCCAGAUCCACAAGCUCCAGGAUGCUAUCGGCUACAACAGCAGCCUGUGCUGCUCGUCUCCGGCCUUGUGCCGCCACAGCCGCCGUCGAUUCAGCGUCAUCAACCAGGGUUCGAACCGCUUCCACAAGGUGGCCGUGGAGGUCCACCGCAGACUGAGAGCAAAAGAGGGCGUCUCUGCUGAGCCCACCUCUGAGAACUUCUGUGGAGGGUUCAGAGGGACACACGUCUCCAUCGCAAAGGCCGUCUGCAAAGACUCAGUCACCAAGAAGCUCAUCAACAGCGCAAUCCUGAACAACGACUUCCUGAAGAAGCUGGAGGCUCAGCACAUGAGGGAAAUGGUGGACUGUAUGUACGAGAAGGUGUACAGUGAGGGUCAGCUGGUCAUCCAGGAGGGGGAACCUGGAAACUACCUCUACGUCCUGGCAGACGGUCUGUUGGAGGUCAUCCAGAACGGGAAGCUCCUCGGGGAGAUGCGUCCCGGCACAGCUUUUGGAGAACUGGCCAUCCUGUACAACUGUAAGAGAACGGCAACAGUUAAAUCUGUGUCCCAGUCUCACAUCUGGGCUCUGGACCGCCAGACUUUCCAGACCAUCAUGAUGAGAACCACACAGGCUCGACAUGAGGAGUACUUCAGCUUCCUGUGCAGUGUUCCUCUGCUGAGAGGACUGCCUGAAGAGAAGUUGGCCAGGAUAGUUGACUGUCUAGAGGUGGACUCUUUUGAAAAAGGGGAGUAUAUUAUUCGAGAGGGUGAGGAGGGGAACACCUUCUUUAUCAUCGCACACGGAGAGGUCAUCGUCACUCAGAGCACAGAGGGGUUCGCUGAACCUCAGGAAAUCAAGACGCUGGGAGUUGGAGACUACUUCGGAGAGAAAGCUCUCAUCAGUGAGGACGUUCGUUCAGCAAACAUCAUCUGCAAUGAGAGCGACACACACUGUCUGGUGGUGGACAGGGAUAACUUCAACCAAAUGGUAGGAACCUACGAGGAGCUGCAGGCGUACCUCAAGGAAUACAUCGAAGAGCUUUCCAGGUGUGACGAGAGGAGAAAUGCUCUACCGUACUCACCCCAGAUGGACUCUGCAGAGGCUCAGGAGCUGAAGAGACUGAGGGAGAGGAUCAGUCUGCUGCCUCCACACCAGCCUUUCCAGGAGCUUGAGGUCAUAGCUACACUGGGCAUGGGAGGAUUUGGACGAGUGGAGCUGGUGAAGCUGAAGGACGAGGACACCACCUUCGCUCUGAAGUGCAUCAAGAAGAAGCACAUCGUGGACACCAGACAGCAGGAGCACAUCUACUCUGAGAAAAACAUCCUUCAGCAAACAAACUCAGGGUUCAUCAUCAAAUUAUUCCGAACGUUUCGGGAUGAUAAGUACGUCUACAUGCUGCUGGAGGCAUGUCUCGGGGGAGAGCUGUGGACUGUGCUGCGGGACAUGAGUUAUUUUGAUGAUGCCACAGCCAGGUUCUGCACCGGUUGUGUCUUAGAGGCUUUUGAUUACCUCCACACUCUGGGCAUCGUCUACAGAGACCUGAAACCUGAGAACCUUCUUCUGGAUGCUGAGGGUUAUGUCAAAAUGGCAGACUUUGGCUUCGCUAAAAAGAUCGGCCGUGGAAAGAAGACCUGGACUUUCUGUGGUACUCCGGAGUAUGUGGCCCCGGAGGUCAUCAUGAGCAAAGGCCAUGACUUUGGAGCUGACUGCUGGUCUUUGGGAAUCCUCAUAUUUGAACUGCUCACUGGCAGCCCUCCCUUUUCUGGAUCAGACCCUAUAAAGAUCUACACCAUGGUCCUCCACGGCAUGGAGAAGGUGGACUUCCCUAAGAGAGUAGGAAAGCGUCCAGACGACCUCAUCAGGAGACUCUGCAAGCUGAACCCAGUGGAGAGGCUCGGGAACAAAAAGAAUGGCAUCAUCGACAUCAAAAAACAUAAGUGGUUUCAGGGCUUUAACUGGGAGGGUUUGAGGCGUCACAAGCUGCUGUCUCCACUGAGGAGAGAGCUGAAGGGGCCGAUGGAUCACAGUCACUUCGACAUGUUCCCUCCUGAGGCAGAGGAGCCUCCAGAUGAGCUGUCCGGCUGGGAUAAAGACUUCUGAAAACCAGCACUGACGUGGGUUAGAAAGUUUAGAUCUGACUCUCUUUCUGUCACAGCAGCUUGAUUUGAGCAGAGCACAUCACCUGGUUAGUGAUACUAAACAGGUAGUCUGCUGUGAGGGAAGUUUAUUCAUCCUGCCAAAUGUACAAACUUUAUAAAUACACUUUCUGUAUAAAGAUCUAAAUAAACCCAGUGGGUUUAUGCUAAGAUGCCAGCCGCGGCACCAGCCGCCACCUGUUGUUUAUGGGGACAUGGAAAGCGUUUGUGUCCCACAUGCAUGAAGCAUGAAGGAACCGUCACUGUGCUUCUUCGGAAAGACACCUCCAGUGUUGGUAUAUGCGAGUCCAGGAACAUGAACACCUGCCGGCGCAGAGACUGCAGAUGCUUCAGUUUGGGAUCCUUACAUCGCAGGCUCACGGUCUUAAAACCACUUGCAAAUUUUCGGAACCUCCGGAGCUUGUUCUCCAGCAACUCAUUAGAUAUAAACUGUGGAACACCAGAGACGGUGAUCCGCGUGGAGGGAACUGACAGCUGGGACACCUGCACAAAUAAGUCCCUGACAAACACGCAACUCUCUACCAGGUGAUGAACAUGACACUCAUCUUUCAAGAACACCACCACUGGAAGUAAAACUUAGUUCAUCAUGUCCUACCUGCUCACUGGCAGCCAAAUAACGUUAUUAUCCAGCGGGACUAUCAUUGCUACCUGCCGGAUAGACGGAGGUGGCAUCUCAGAGGACGCAAUUCCUCCUGAAAACACCUGACAACACCACUGAUCACUCAGCCAAACACUCAACAAACAAUAGAAAGAAAGCUUACCUGAUCAUGCACAUAGGACAGAUGGAGAACACAGAAGAACCGAAAAAAAGGGACAGCAAACAUAUCAAAGCUCCAUGCCACUCACACUGACCACAAACGAAAAGAGAAGAGAGGAGAUUAAUGGAUGGAUGGAUGGAUUGAUGGAUAGAUGGUUGGAUGGAUAGAUGGAUGGAUGGAUGGAUGG